AUGGCGCGCACAAGAGCAGCAGCAGCUAAGCUGACAUCCACUGAACCCGUCAAUGUGAACCAAGAGGUCGAGAGUCUAGCAACGGAAGAACACACUGAGGCGGAAGCAUCGGAAAGCCCCAUCCACAGCGAAGAAACGGAAAACAUGCCGCCCAAAACCUUCAAUGGCAAGCUGCAGCAGUUCGGGUUCACCUCCAGCACCAAGGCCUCCGUUGGGACAGCGGCUGUCGGGUCCCUUCCAGCAAAAGGCAGGCUGAAGCGCAAAUUACCACUCAGAGAAGAUGCCGACUUCGCAAUUCGCUCCCCAAGCCCCUCCAAGAAGCGCCGCAGCCCGAGCAAGUACGCCCCACCCUCCAAGUACGCUCAUCUUCCGCUCCUAACCGACAUCCUUGAGCCCAACCUCAUCGCGGUCUUUAUCGGCAACAAUCCCGGCAUUCGCACUGCCACAGCCGGCCAUGCUUACGCACACCCCUCGAACCUAUUCUGGAGGCUGCUGCACUCGUCCGGCUGCACAGAUCGGCGACUGAAGCCGGAAGAGGACGUCGACCUUCCUAGGCUGUACAGUCUGGGUAACACCAACAUUGUGGAGCGGCCUACGAAGGAUGCUGCGGAACUGUCGAAAGCCGAGAUGGCUGCCGGCACGGCGGCGCUGGAGGAGAAGGUCAGGAGGUACAAGCCUGAAGCUGUGUGUAUCGUGGGGAAGGGGAUCUGGGAAGCUAUUUGGAGAUGGAGGUACGGGAAGAACCCCACGGCGGCGCAGUUCAAGUACGGGUGGCAGGAUGAGAAGGAGAACAUGGGCAAAAGUGAGGGCGAAGUCGAAGAGUUAGAUGCUGAGGGCAAAGUCUGGCGCGGAGCUAAGGUGUUCGUGACUACGAGUACUAGUGGGCUGUCUGCUUCAACACGGCCGGCCGAGAAAGAGGCCAUAUGGAGGCCUUUUGGCGAGUGGGUUGAGAAACGGCGAGCCGAGCGUCUGACGUUACAAGCAUCGAAAGCAGAGUGA